GUUUAUCAUUCAAAUAUAUAAUUAUAUAUAUAUCAUUAUACUUUAGACAGAAAUGAAUACCGACAGGAAAAAACAGAUCCGAUUUAAACCUGAGGAUGAUCUACGGCUUUUAAGGGAAGUUGUCGGGAGUAAUCCCCUGAGAAACAAAAACAAAUGGGCUGAAAUAGCUGAAACUCUAUCAACAUCGACUUUUAUUCUGGACAGUAGACGAGUGAGAGAACGUACAAAUCUCCUCAUUGAACAACAUAAACGAGAAACUAGGGAACAUCUUAAAAGAUCUGGUGUCGAUGAAGAUGUUUCGGAAAAAACAAACCUGCUGGACGAUGUCAUAGAAUUGAAAAAUGAAGAGGAGAGAGAGAAGAAAGAAGAAAAAGAAAAGAAGGACAGAUCAGAAAAUUUAGGGAAAGAAAUCAGGAAAAGGGCACUUGAAUGCCUUACACCAAAGAAAAACGACGAAUGCGAUUUGCCAGUACUCAAGAAGAAGAAUUCGCAGACGUAUCUUGUGGACUAUUUAAAAGAAAAAUCAGAAAAUGAGAUAUCUAUGAGAAAAUCAGAAAUGGAAGUAAGAAAAGAAGAAUUAAAGUUGGAGAAGGCAAAGUUUGAAAUGGAGCGAGAGGAACGGAUGCAGAGAAUGGAAAUAGAAAAGCAAGAGAAACUUGCUUUCAUUGAUUUACUUAAAAAAUUAGCGAAAGAUAACUAAUCAUAAAAACUGUUCAGAAGUGUAAAAUUUUAUUCCAGAUAUUUGUUUAAUUUAUCUGAAUAAACUAAACCAUUAAAGUCAGUCUUGUUCAUAUAUGUGUCCACGUUACAACACACAUUCUAUACAUUUGAACACAUUUAGGCCAAAUAUUCCUGUAGUGAUGGGGGAGACAUAUCAAAGAAAGUGCCAGUUUCGCUCCCGUACAAAAUAGUGUGACAAUUAGUAAGGAUUGAAGCUACCCUAUAGUACUUUCCAACAGGUUGUAGAUAGAGCUUUUGAUUUUUCUUGUAAUCUAAAAAAGAAAAGAGAGUUAAGAUUUUGCCAAAAGUCCAUUCCACGCAGACUCUCACUGCGGACAUCCUUUUGUUAAAUCGCAGUUGAUUUGCAGUAAUUACACCUCCUCGAAAUGGGGGAAUUAUGUAAGGCGAUAACGGGUACGCAGGGUCGCCGUAGACAGAGUAGACAUCAUUGUUUGGUUUUGUCAUAUGUUGAUACAUCUGGUAUUCAACGUUGCUUUCCCUUAACAUACCGGCAUCAUGACGACGGCCUUCAACCGGGCCAAAUAGAUGCGCAAUCAUACCAUCAGGUGUCGUUAUGCACUGAAAUUUUAAACCGUGUACUCUUUUGUGACCAUUAAACACCACCUGCUGAUGAGACUGAGGUCUGCAUAUCGGUCUGACAGUUCCGUCAAUGAACCCCCAGCAAUUGGACAGAGACGCUCCACAUCUAUUCACGACUGCUGCCAUUUCAUCCAGUUUUGCAUGAGAUAACCAAGGCUGAUUUAGGUUUUCGAGGAGAUGUCCAUGUAUUGUAUCUAUGCAAUCAAGGACUGAGUUGAAAAUAUAUGACAAUUCAGCAGUUGAUCUUCCAAAUACAUGGGAAAGAUCCUCUAAUCUAUUUGGGUAUGCCAAUCUUCGUAUGAGAAUACACAAACCUUCUAUUCCUGAACAUACAGUCCUGUUUUUACAUACAAUUUUGUUUGGAAUAUGCAGUGCUAUUCGUAAUCCUAGCAAAUCAUCUUUUUGAAACCGGAAUAACAGGCGAAAUUGUUCGUCGUUCAAUUCAUCCAGGUUUAAUCGGUGAUAAAUCGAUGCCUCUUUUUCAUUGCUCAUGCAAGACAAAAGUAAAACAUCAUCAUCGUCUGUCAGAGCUGCAAGCAACAUCAUAUUUUGCGCCAUUUUUUUUCUUUGAUCUUAACGCAGUAAACCCUCUUUUGAUUCGUUUAUUUGCACAUUUGUAUCCAAUCAAUUUAUUUGUAAUUAAUGGUUUUACACGUACGCGUACACGUACUGUUUGUUAAACGUAACAUUACGUUGGAUGCGUGUACUUGUAAACAUACUUCUGUUUGUACACGUACGCGUAGACGUACACGGUCAGUUGCUUAACCUCUC